CCUAUUCCCAUUCCGAUUCCCGUUUCCUCGGUCGCCGCAGCCGCACGUACCCCCGUCCCACCCGGCGGCGCCGCUUUUCCCGUUCCCAAACUUGCUGUGCCCGGUCGGAAUCCUCCUCCUCCUCGCCAUCGGGCCAUAGCUGCUUCUUCUGGCUGCUGCCGUGGCACGGCGAACGACGGACGGCGUCGCUGUCGUGGGGAGGAGGAGUCGCGGUUUCGGCUCCGCGGUUUGGAGAGUUCGAUUCGUUCUCUCGCCUUUUUCCGGGCCCUUUUUAAUCCGGAUUAGGAAAUUCACUGCCCCCCGCCCGGUUGUUCUGUUUCUUGCUCCCUCUCGCCGCCGGAGGUGGACGCGGUUCCGGUGGCAGCGCCGGCUCGCCUCCUCUAGAUAAUCCAGGAACGAUCGAAAAAAUCGCAGCUCGCCGGUCGCCCACUGCCGGCGUCGGCGCCCACCGCGCGCCGCCACCCGGAUCCCCCAGCCGCCGGAGCGCCGCGCGCCGCGGCCGGGAGUCGUCCAGCAGCCGCGUGCCGCCAUCCCCGGCUCCCCCACCCGCCGGAGCGUCGCGCGCCGCAGUCGAGCGUCCUCCAGCAGCCGCGCGCCGCCGCUGCUGGUGCGCCGUGGCGUGGUCUCUUCCGCGUCCCCGGAUUUCCGGCUCAGGUUCAAGAAAUUGCUUGUUGAGCUUUGGCUAGAAAGUAAAAACACAUAUAGGAAUAUGAGAGCAGUAGUUCGGUCGCUUCGCCAGCUCCGGCGAUUCGCCCAGCUCCAUGCAGAUGGGCACUUGUCAAUGAACAGAUUGAUCAAGCAGCAGAAUGCUCUGAUGUUGUGUAGUUCAGCAUCCUGUUCAAUGAGUACGGUAUGUUAUAACAGAGAAAUUGACAGAUAUGUGAGUCCAAGUGUGGAAUUACUAAGGUCCAAGUUUUCCACAGUGGCAGCUGAUUCGAUCAAAGAUGUUGCAAGAGGUGGUCCGAUGGUAGAGUAUGAGAGGAGAAUCGCAUCAGGGGAGCUUGUGGAUGGUGAUAACUUUCAGAUUGACACUAUCCAACAAUUACAAAGGCUCUAUGAGGAGCUGGUUGAGAAUGAAGAAGCCUGCCAACUUGAUAGAUAUCAGUCAUCGGAGAAAUCUGGAAGGAGUAGAUGGCUAUGGUCCCGCCUCAUUACCCAGCCUUCCACCUAUUCUCCUGUGAAGGGGCUGUAUAUGUAUGGAGGUGUUGGUACUGGGAAGACAAUGCUUAUGGAUUUGUUCUAUGAGCAGUUACCAGCUAAUUGGAGAAAGAAGCGCAUUCACUUCCACGAUUUCAUGUUAAACGUACAUAGUCGUCUUCAGAUGCAUAAAGGUGUUUCAGAUCCCCUUGAGGUGGUGGCAGCUGAGAUUUCCGAUGAGGCCAUCAUAUUAUGUCUUGAUGAGUUUAUGGUAACUGAUGUUGCUGAUGCUAUGAUAUUGAACAGGCUAUUCAGACAUUUGUUCAGCAAAGGCGUUAUUCUUGUUUCAACUUCUAAUCGUGCUCCAGAUCAGCUUUAUGAGGGCGGUUUACAGCGGGAUCUUUUCUUACCUUUCAUUGAUACCCUGAAAGAUAGGUGCAUUGCACAUCCCAUUGGCUCUGCAGUAGACUAUCGUCAAUUGGGUUCUGCUGAACAAGGUUUCUAUUUUGUUGGAAAAGAAUACAAUACACUUCUUAAACAGAAGUUCCAAACAUUAAUUGGCAAUGAGAAACCUAGACCUCAGACAGUUGAAGUUGUUAUGGGACGACAAUUGCAGGUUCCACUGGGAGCAAAUGGGUGUGCAUAUUUCCCAUUUGAAGAUCUUUGUGAUAGGCCUUUAGGUGCAGCCGAUUAUUUUGGACUGUUUAAAAAGUUUCAUACCUUGGCACUGGAUGGCAUUCCUAAAUUUGGGUCUCAGAAUAGAACAGCAGCUUAUCGGUUUAUCACAUUGGUUGAUGUUAUGUAUGAGAACAAGGCAAGAUUAUUAUGUACAGCAGAGGCUGCAUCAAUAGAACUAUUUGAGAACGUAGUGACAGUUGCUGAAGCACAUAAAAUUUCUCCGAGAUCUUCACGGUCUCAGAAAACUGAUGAUCCUGACUUGUGUGUGGACAAUGAGCUAGGAUUCGCCAAGGAUCGAACAAUUAGUAGGUUAACCGAGAUCAACAGUAGAGAGUACUUGGAGGACUUUGAAGCGAGAUUGCGACAGCAGCCCUUGCAAGGUGUAGAUAACGGUAUUGAUAUUGUACUAGCAUAAGUAACAGAAAUCCGUCUUAUAUAAUUAAAUCUAUUACCCUCCUGGCUUACAAAAUGAAUAAAAUGCUGGUUCUCCAACACUGAUGCAUGUAAAUUUGCAAUAAACCCGUAAGAAAUUUUGCAAACCAGCGUGUGAUCCAUAAAAUGUAACAUUUGUACAGAA